GAAGAUUAGCUUUCUUCCUCCUCCUAGUUCACUCCUUUGGCUGAUGUGCAAGGUCUUGCAGAAGCCAGGGACUUGCAUUCUGGGCUUGGCAAAGUGCAUAGGAAGACGACAGGGCUUCCCGGCUGGGAGGAGGGAGGAGAGAGGAGAGCUGAAGAUCCCCGCCUGGGCUGGCUCAGCUAAGCAAAGUGGGCAGCUCAGUACUUGAAAGAGGACUGUGCUCACUCGCUCGCUCGCACUAGAUAUCAGUAAGUGGGUGACUGUAUGGAUUAAGGAAGGAUGAGUGUCCCUGGGUCAUGGGGUAGACUUGACAAUGUUGCUUGGUUCUAAGGGAAGCUCGCAAGGCUGCUGGUUCUGUGUGCUUUCUGUGUCUUGUGGAGACUAGAGGAUUAAGCACAAAUAUCAGAACUCCAAAUGCUUCCUCCCAUUCCUGGAAAAUGGCAACUUCUACAGAGUAGUUGUGUAUAUAAUCUUCUUUCCUGGCCCCUCUUCCCUGGGAGUAUGCUCCUGAAUCAGACAUUUGGGAUUAAGUGGGAAAAGUGAAAUGUAAUAUUAACCGAAACUGCAACUUCUUACUGCAUUCUGUAUGUGCUGACAUUGUUUUAUCUACUAGCAGUGAAUGUCAGGAAAGUCUGAGCCAGGGGCUUAAACGGGGGAAGUGGAGUUUUUAUGACCAGGAGACAUAGUCUAUAUGUAAGGGAUUAAAUACAAAAUUUAUGUUAUAAAUAAUAGAUGGGUUUCUAAAAAUCAUUAAAGAGAGCAGCAGCCAGGAAGCAUUAAGUGUAUGAUACAAAUUAGAAAAAGAAAAUAUCCUAUCCAUGGCUUUUUGCAGUAGCCAAAAUUUUCAGGAUGUUUACAAAGUCAGAACAGUGAUUCAGGAAUACUUCAAUUAUUGUUGUACAUUAUUAAUACUGUUGCCGGGCAAGAUCUGUGGUUCUCUGGUCAGCAAGUUCUGGCAAUGAAGCCACUGCCGCUGGUGCAAAGAAUUCUGGGAUGUCUGACAGUGAAAUGGAUGGAAGGACUCACAUUCCAUCUCUACUUAAUGCCCUUUUGUCCAAAAAUCGGGUCAUGCAGAUGAGCUACUUGAAAAGUAAAGAACAAGGCUAUGGCAAGCUAAGCAGUGACGAGGACCUGGAAAUAAUUGUUGACCAGAAGCAGGGGAAAGGCUCUAGGGCUGCAGAUAAGGCUGUUGCCAUGGUGAUGAAGGAGAUACCGAGGGAGGAGUCUGCAGAAGAAAAGCCCCUCCUUACUGUGACAUCACAGCUGGUGAAUGAGCAACAAGAAAGCAGACCCCUCCUGAGCCCUUCCAUUGAUGACUUCCUCUGCGAAACCAAAUCUGAGGCCAUUGCAAAGCCAGUGACAUCCAACACAGCCGUGUUGACCACUGGCUUGGAUCUCCUUGACCUGAGUGAACCCGUCUCUCAAACCCAAACCAAAGCCAAGAAAUCUGAGCCCUCAUCAAAGAGUUCGUCCCUCAAGAAGAAAGCUGAUGGCUCUGACCUCAUCAGUGCAGAUGCUGAGCAGAGAGCACAGGCUCUCCGAGGGCCAGAGACAUCAUCCUUAGAUUUAGACAUUCAGACACAACUGGAAAAAUGGGAUGAUGUCAAGUUUCACGGUGACCGAACAAGCAAGGGGCAUCUCAUGGCAGAGAGAAAAUCAUGCUCUUCUAGAGCUGGAUCCAAAGAGCUUCUGUGGUCCGCAGAGCACAGAUCUCAGCCAGAGCUGAGUACCGGGAAAAGCGCCCUUAACUCCGAGACAGCUUCCGAGUUGGAACUUGUGGCUCCAGCACAGGCUCGGCUGACCAAAGAGCAUCGCUGGGGAAGUGCCCUGCUCUCCAGGAACCAUUCCUUGGAAGAGGAGUUUGAAAGGGCAAAAGCGGCAGUAGAGUCAGAUACAGAAUUCUGGGAUAAGAUGCAGGCAGAAUGGGAAGAAAUGGCCCGGAGGAACUGGAUAUCCGAGAACCAGGAAGCUCAGAACCAGGUCACCGUCUCGGCCAGUGAGAAGGGAUAUUACUUUCACACUGAAAAUCCCUUCAAGGACUGGCCUGGAGCAUUUGAAGAAGGCUUAAAAAGGCUGAAGGAAGGGGACCUGCCUGUCACCAUCCUGUUCAUGGAAGCUGCAAUUCUUCAGGACCCUGGAGACGCUGAGGCAUGGCAGUUUCUUGGUAUAACCCAGGCUGAGAAUGAAAAUGAGCAGGCAGCUAUUGUCGCCCUCCAGAGGUGCCUGGAGUUACAGCCCAACAACUUGAAGGCUCUGAUGGCCUUGGCUGUAAGUUACACCAACACCAGCCACCAGCAGGAUGCUUGUGAGGCACUGAAGAACUGGAUUAAGCAAAACCCAAAGUACAAGUACCUUGUGAAGAACAAGAAAGGCUCUCCAGGCCUCACACGGCGGAUGUCUAAAUCCCCAGUUGACAGCUCUGUUCUGGAAGGAGUGAAGGAGCUGUACCUGGAAGCUGCCCACCAAAAUGGUGAUAUGAUUGACCCAGACCUGCAGACGGGUCUGGGAGUUCUGUUUCACCUGAGUGGAGAGUUCAAUAGAGCAAUCGAUGCAUUUAAUGCUGCCUUAACAGUUCGGCCAGAGGAUUACUCUCUGUGGAACCGUCUUGGGGCAACCUUGGCGAAUGGAGACCGCAGUGAGGAAGCUGUAGAGGCCUACACGAGAGCACUGGAGAUCCAGCCAGGUUUCAUCCGGUCCAGAUACAACCUGGGGAUCAGCUGCAUCAACCUGGGCGCCUACAGAGAAGCUGUUAGCAACUUCCUCACCGCCCUCAGUUUGCAGCGGAAGAGCAGGACCCAGCAGCAAGUCCCUCACCCAGCCAUCUCUGGGAACAUCUGGGCCGCCCUCAGGAUUGCCCUGUCGCUGAUGGACCAGCCAGAGCUCUUCCAGGCUGCCAACCUCGGUGACUUGGAUGUCCUCCUGAGAGCUUUCAAUUUGGAUCCUUGAAGGAAAAGAAGAAAAGAAUAAUAAAGGAUACUAACCUGUCUUCUGUGUUAUUAUACUAAAAAGGGACAAAACUAUUUUAUUAUGAAUUUCCAAAACAAUUUUUUUUUAAAAGGAUAAAGCUGAGAGGCAAAAGGCCAUGGUCAUAUAAGCCAAGGGAAUCGAUUUCUACAGAUCCAGUCUCUGUUCAGACCCAAAAGCACAAAGCGAAGGUCGGGGUCACGAGAAGAACUGAGAUUCUCAGGACAAACCAAGAUAAGGUAACUACGCUCUCUUCCAAAUGGCAAGUGUACUUUGAGUUCUGUUGUCCCUGUCCCAGCUGGUGGCACAUCUGAGGGACACUCUUGGGACGGAACAGGACAAUUUGUCCACAGUCGGUGAACUCAGGCUGUCCCUGUCUACCCCUUUUGCAAGACUGAACAUAGUUUGGGCCCCUGGUAAAUGUACACACUCAGCCUGACUCAAGGCAGCCAUUGCUUCCCUCUCGCCCGCUCUAACUUUGACUGCAAGCCUUUGUUUUCAGAGAGAGAGAGAGAGCUUUGCUGGCGAAAGCAGUUUUUGCACUAGAAGUUUUUGCUGUUCCCAAUGAAAUCCUUUCUAGGAUUGUACAUAAGCACUUUAAUAUCUUAUUGAUGCCUUGCCAGGCUUCUGGCUUGCUGCUCCAGUUUCUAACUUGGGGGAGUAGGGGAGGGUGGGACUUGAGAACUCAGAGUUGUUAGCUCAAUGGACCAAAUUAAAAAAAAAAAAAUUAUAAGAAUAGUUUUUCUUAGCAUAGGGUUUGGAAGGUGUGUUUGCAUAGAAUGUAAAUAUGUUAAACCCAGUUUUCUUUGUGUGCUUUCUGGGAGCCUAUGGAUCUCAGUGGGAAGCAAAGUUCCGAGGGCACUCUCCCUGCAGAAGGAAGCUUGGCAAUUCUGCGGAUUUCUAAUGAGUUGUGUUAAACUUAUUUUAAUAUCCUGUUUUCCUGGCUUUCUAACUGUCGUGCACAAUGAUAUUUCCUUGAAACUGUUACUAUUUCAAAUGGUAUUUCUUAAGCGUGAUAAAUACAUUUUUCCUAAAGUCNAAGUNUUUCCUGAGUUCCGUAACAACCNCCGCCCCCCCCCCCCCACUGCACACACACACCCCACUCCCGCUGUCCACGUCUCACAUUGUAAGUGACAGAAGGGUCACAUUUGUAACCCAGCAGCACAGAGCAGCAGGAAGACACAAGCAACACUCAGAGCGCCAGACCUUCUCCACUGGCCCAGAGAUCUGACUUAACUGUUGGCCUCCUACAUAUUUCUUCAGAUUAUUUUGUGUGUUUGGGUGCUUAGUGGUCAUUUCAAAAGAUGCAUUCAUUAAAAAUUAGAAAAACAUUGGCAAAACACUACAAAAUAACACUUUGCACAGCUCUCCCCUCUGUAGCCUGCCUGCCUCCAGAGCCUUCCCGAAAACAGUCUGAUCCCAACACUUUCAUAUCCGUUGCUCACUAAUAACUCACUUCACUAACAACUGUAGCUUCGGUCAAAGCAGAUAUAGACUGUGGAGUCAUCUACUAAUGAUUGAAAACGUGCCAGAGGCGGACUGGAUCAUUCUGUCACUGCAGAGUUCCCUGGAUUGGGAGAUGCCUGAAGUUCAUAGGUUACUACAAGCCCUUGAAGCUUAGCUAUCACCUAAGCUUCCUGGCUCAUAAGGACAAGGUGAUAAGGCCACUGUAGUGGCCUCAGGCUUUGCUCUUCAUGGUCAAUACUCCCUUUGGCAGAGCAGUAGCCCCAGGUUGGCAGCAGGCACUGGGGGGCAUCGGGGCAUCCACUCCUGGCCACGGAAACAAGUCACACACUUUCUAAUAGUCUGAGCAGCAGAGAACAGCUCAAGUGUGUUUUGAAAAGCAGAAUUUUCUAGACUGUUAGAAACAGAUUGGGAAGACCUCUUCAGGCCAGACUGCAGACAGUGUGGCAUUGCCUGCUGGGACAGUGCUGAUAGUGUAGUGACCAUUCCUGUCUUCUUUCUCACUCCAAGUGUCACUCACUGACCAGGUGAUGUGAACCCCUCAGAGUCCCUUCCAAGCUUGUGAACCAAGGGUUCCAAACAAGCUUCAUGACUCUUCUGGUCAUAAUGUUCUUCCAGGCCUUCGGUAGCACCUGAUGCUGGCCAGGAUGCCGACCCGCCACACCUUCCUCCUUGUCACUUCACAAGUACAGCCCAACUAGCACAAAUGUGAGAAGUCUGAUUUUAUUUGAAUGUUGCUGAACUGUGUCAAAUAUUGUGGCCCAAGUUUAUGUUGCCAUUAGAAUAUAAAGUAACUUCAAACUCUGGGGAGUUAUUUUAGGGGACAGUUGACAGUUUUCCACUUUACCAUUAGGGAACAAUUUGUAGGAUAUUUGAUGGGUCUUUAUCCACUCCAUCAGUUCUGUCCAUCACAGUCCAGAUGUUGAUGGGUCUUUAUCCACUCCAUCAGUUCUGUCCAUCAAGUCCAGAUGUUUAUAGGUUACCACCUGUCAGGAAGUUCAAAAGUAUUGCCUACGAGGGAAAGAGUUGCGAUCAGUGGUAUCAUAAUGAUAGUAAGUAAAAACCAAUAACUGAAAAGUAAAAAUGUGUAUAAAUAGAGCCCUAGCAGACACUAAGCAGUGAGCUUCAGCAUCUUCUCUGCUUUCCCCCCCCCCCCUAUGCUUUUUAAAUGCAGAACUGUUAGGGCUUCUUAUGGCAAGAAAUUGCCUGUUCUCUUUCCAUUUGAAAGCGUGAGGCAUUCUUUUGAGGCCCUGGGGAGGAGCCUGAGGAUGGUAUUCAUUCACGAAAUGGCCACUCAGUGGCUUCCCUGGACUGAUUUUGCCAGUAAAUUGGAUGAAAAUCCAGAGGAAACCGUUCAUCAUUGCUAAGUUCCGAUAGAAUAUCUCUAUGCACAGAAGAGGCAGGACAGAGGGAAACUGGGGGGUGAAGCUCAGUGGGUACCAUGUGCCCACCACCACAUAAACUGACCAUGGUGGUGUACACAGUAAUCCCAGCACUUGGGAAGUGCAAGGAGGAAGAUCAGGAGUUUAAGGGCAUCCUGGGCUAUAGGUGGCGCUGUAGAGAUGAAGAGUGAAGAACCCUCUAACCAAGUCAGUCUCAGAGAUUCUGUGUUCUCUGCACUUCAUCCUGACACCCUUCCCAAUGGCCCACCAGAAACUUUAAUAACUAACAAUGAAGUGCACUUUCUCAGCCAGUCUGAUUUCUGCCAGAAUUGGGUAGGAAUGUCCAGAAUAUACUCACUCUCAGAUUUCCAUGGCAUCUUCAUUGAAGGGUUAUAUUGACUCAUAGAUCAGUAUUCGUAGUCUUUUAUAGAUAAAUCGUUCUGGGAUACUCCCACCAUCCAGGCUAGACUUGACUGUAAUUGAAGUUCAUCUCACAGUUCCCAAACCUCUUACCACAGAGUUUAAUCUGUGCCCUCCUGGGGAAGCAGAGAAAAGAGGGUGCUCACUCCUCAUUUGUUUCUGAAUUGCUUCAAGGUUGAGUUGCACUUACAUUAGUGUUGUGACGAUGGUAGGAUUUUUUUUUUUUCCCCACCCUGACGUGCUUCUAGAAACAUUCUAGAAACCAGGUUUUUGGAAGAUUUAAUUUGUGUGCCACCUUUCUGAGACCUCUGAUUUUGGAAACAAACACAGGGGCAACAUCCAUGACUUCAACCUUGUAACAUAGCUUCACAUGGGUUCCCUGCACAGAGUUCCCUACCCUAUUCCUCACACUGUUUAUAGGACUGGCUGAAUUAAGCUGUUUUGAGCUAAGAAGUAGAUCCAUAUAUUUUUAAAGAGUGUUCAUAGAUCAACUCUGGCAUAAAGUUUGUAAAAAGGCAAUUUUUAAAAAACAACAAAACAUAUAACCUCAGGUACAAAAAACUAUUGCAUGCAUCAGUACUUAAAACCUGCCUAUGACUAUUAACCAAAGCAUGCGAGAUAACGUCAUGUUAUAUAAAUGUCAUGAAUGUAAACCAGCCCACUCACCCCAUGCAUGACCGGUGUCAUAGGCUAGCUUGUAUCUCCACUCUUCUCAACAAGCAAGCACUUCCUAACCUUGUUCCAGUUUUUUCUCUUUGCUUUUUCCAUCUUGUCUUGUCGAUCGUUGGCCUGCUAUCGAUCACAUUGACAUUGACCACUGCUCUCAGGUUGGUUCAUCCACUGUGACUGCCAGUCUCCGGCCCGUCCUCUGAGGGACCCAGGCACAGACAUGUGUCCUUUAAAAACCCAUUUGAGGGUCAACAGAGCUAAAGGUGUGAUAAGACCACCCAACUGUCCAUUCGCAAGAAGCUUCGAACUUUAAAUUCUUAAUAAUGGAUUUCAAGUUUUCUUUUCAGAAAGCUUAGGGAGAAAUAGAAAGCAUUUAGGAUUCUAAAUUAUGCGGGAAGGUUAAUGUGAUAUCACAUGAAGAUCGCCCUAAGCAAAGUGGGCGUGGCCCUUGGUUUCCCAUCAGAACGAUAUGUCACAGAGUAAGUGUAGAGUGUUGUUCUAUUUGCAAGGUCAAAGUCCCUUCAGAAACUAGAAUUGAUCAACCUGACCACAAAUACUCAAAUUCAGGGGUAGAUGAUGAUUUAUAGCCAGUGGAAAUGUCAUUUCUCUGACUUUUUCUAUAUCCCCAGUUUUAUGAAAAGGUCAGGAAAGGAACAAUUCAAGUUCAGUGAGGCUGGUGCUGAACACAGAGUUCCAAGGGGUACAGUGCUGGCCUACCAGGCACAAAGCUCUGGGUUUGAUCCCACACAGCAUUUAACUGGGCAUGGUGACACCCACCUGUAACCCCAGCA